AUCGGGCUGUUUACCGAUUGCUUCAGAGUUAGUCUACGCACUGAGAGGAGUAAAUCACCGGGAGAUACAGGGACAGAGAGAAAACAAACCCGGAAGACUACAGCUGUAACUUUGACCUCGGUCUGAUCCUGGUCUCUGCUCAGUCCGCGCGCACUGUAAACAUCAGUUCAGGAUGGACAGUAAACAGUGUUGUGUGAAGCUGUCGGUCCAGCCGUCCAGAGGACUCAUGGAUGAGAAGUUCGUUGUCCUGGUCCAGAGCGUUCCACCUGGUUUUCAGCUGACCGUCCACGCGCUCCACCAGUGUGAAGAUGGACACAGCUGGGAGGCGUUCGGUCACUACACUGCCGACGCCAGCGGGAAUGUGAACGUUUCAGAGGAUCCCAGUCUGGGCGGGACAUAUACAGGGGUUGAACCGAUGGGUCUACUGUGGAGCCUCAUACCGGUUCCAGGCAGCAAAUCUGGACUCAGGAUGAGGAAGAUGAACGUCCAGACUCCCAUGGAGGUCACAAUCUCAGUGUACGAAGGUCACCAGACUGAGGGGUUCAUGGAUCAGGUGGCACUGGCCGGUGUGGUGGUGGAGCGCUGGUACAUGGCGCCUGGUGUCCGCAGGAUCCCGAUCACAGAGGAUGGACUCACUGCGACCCUUUUCCUGCCCCCAGGACCCGGACCUUUCCCUGGCCUCCUGGACCUGUGGGGCGGUGGAGGGAAGUUGGUGGAGUACCGUUCAGCGCUGUUGGCCUCCCAUGGCAUGGCAUCCCUGGCUCUCGACUACCUGACGUCUAAAAUCACCAUGGAAACUGGGAAGAUGGUGGGCAAUGAGUACUUUGAGGCGGCCUACAGAGUCCUGCAGCAGCAUCCCCAGGUCCUCGGCAGCAGGAUCGCCAUGUUGGGACUUUCCUUUGGCACCAGUGUCACCCUCAAAAUGGCUGCUUACUCCCAAGUUGUAAAGCUCAGGUGUGCGGUGUGUAUUAGUGGGAGUCAUGUGCAGCCGGUCGAGGGAUCUGUGAAACAAAUAAUGGGUUUCUUUAACCAAAACGCCGCGAAGACUCGCUUCAAUGAGGAGAACCAGGUGAUCUGGCGAGACCUGCUGCUGCCCAUCCCCACCGACCCCUCACUCAAAGUGGAUGUGGGACGACUCCAGUGUCCUCUGUUGCUGGUUGUAGGUGAGGACGAUCAGAACUGGCCCACCUACGAGUCUGCAAUGGACAUGAAGGAGAUGAUGGAGCGAGCAGGGAACAGCCACCUGCUGACUGUCCUGUCAUACCCGAACGCAGGUCACCUGAUUGAACCUCCGUACACACCGCACGCCCGAGCCAGCACCUUCAAAUCGGUCCAGACACCUCAGAAGUUGAUGGCUCUGUGGGGCGGAGAGACGGUGGCACAUUCUCGUGCUCAGGAAGACGCCUGGAGGAAGACGCUGGUCUUUCUGAGGGAGAAUCUGUACGGUGGCAGAAACCCUGGUGCAACCUCUUUUGCCAACCUGUAAUCAAGGUGACGACUAAUAGAGUUGAUAAAUGAGAGAAGUUAAUUUGGGGCGUCCCUGGUUCUGCAACUAUAAAUCCCCUAAAAUUGUUCCACAUAGACAGCUUUAUGUGACUCAUGGUUGAAGCCCCUUUAUGGAACCUUCUUGACUCAAUCGUCAGUACACAAGAUGAACUGUGUUAAUAAAUAUCCUCAACACACACUUUGAUAGGAACACCUGUACACCUGCUUAUUGAUACGAUUAUCCUGCAGAUACAGGUUCAGGAGCUUCAGUUCAUCUUCACAUCAAACAUCACAAUAAGGAAAAAAUGUGAUCUCAAUGACUUUGACUUUGACAUGAUUGUUGGUGCCAGACGUGCUGGUUUGCAAGGCAUUGAAAGGAAGCGCUCUUUCCAUGGUCACGAGCCAUGGUGACAACCUACGCUCCGGCUCAACCGUUGUGCUUCACUUUCCCCGUCACUUCGACGACCGGGGACUGUGGUCGCUCAUCUCGGUCUCGCUGAAAACCACCUGGUCACAUCUUAAAAAUAAGGAGCAAACCAGUUUGUGAUGGCAUCUAGCUCUGGUUCGUUUUGACUUUUGAAUGUGGUCACUGUAGGACAAAUGUAUCUACCAUAUUAAUGACAUGUAAUUGACCUAUGUAUUGAUCAAUCAUUUAGUGUAAAAAAUGUCAUAUUCAGUUUGCAAUAAUACAAAACAGAAAGACAGCGAGGGGAAACUGACAUCAGGGGAUAGUUGGAGCUUGUGAUUGAUAAAUAAUAUCAGUGAUUUAUCAUUUAAAACUAUAAUCCAUCCUUUUUUUUAUCCUGUAUCUGCCCAUAAUACUGUACCAUCAUUACAUCAAUGAAAUGCAAAAUCAAUAAACAUGUUUGGAAAUAAUGCAA